AUGACAGAUAAAUCCUCAAGCGAAAGUUUCCAGCAAAUUGUAUUUCUCAUCGAUUCUAAUCCUUCAUUUUGGGGAUCGAACAACUCCGCCGACCAUGCUGCGAAGGCUAUUCGAUUGUGCGUACUUCGAUUGCUAACGUACUUUAGUGAUUAUCGGGAAGAAAAGCGAUCUAAUCUACGAUGGGGAUACAAAAUAUUCAACUCGAGAUCACUUUCACAUCAGUUUGAACGACACGACUUCAAAGAAUUUUUAGUUAAAGCGUUUGAGGAAUUUGAAGAUCAUGUGACGAAGAGGUUGAACGAAUCCUUCGCACAACAAUGGCAAGAAAACGAACUUGAACCGAAGGAACAAGACGAUGCAGAAACUACAACCUUUUCGAAACCUGCGGGAGGAGCUAGAUGUAUUUCUUUUGUUUUUAAAAAUGCUGUUCACGAUUUUCAGUGGGAAAGGCCUGACAUUAGCUCCCCUGUUAGGAGAACUCGUGGAAAUAACAACAUGCUCUUUUACCUUGACAACAGAACCGAUACACAUAAUGUUAUCUUUUUGUUGAGCGGUUGUCCUUAUGAUGAUGACUCAAUCUCGGAAUUCACUGGUGAAAAUUUGUCUUUCCUUGGAACUGUAGAGGGUUUCAAAAGUAUUUUGAUGCCCUCAGUGUUGUACAAGGAAUUCGAGGAAAGGCGCAUUUGUUUACAUUGGGUGAACAUAAGCAACUACCAGCAAGAAGAGGUACAUGUCUAUUUUUUUACAUCGGUUUUGAUGUGAUUUAAGAUGAUGCCAGUUAAGGAAGCUUUGCGGUAAUUCUUCCAGAAAUGACACACAAGGCAGUUUCUAAUAGCAGGUCCUAUGAUAAAGCGUAGAAUUCAUAGGCAUAGACAAAUUUCUCUUCUUCUACAACCAUAAUACCGCUCAGAAAUCUAUUAGCAGCUACUCGGUUAACUGGGCAAGAUUUCCGUAUAACCCUAUACUUCAUGAUGCAUACGAUUAUUUGAUGAAAGAAAACAGUCGCAAAAAGCGUUUGCCUCUCAGAGUAAUACUUUUUUUCGGAUUAGUAUAUGGUUACACUGAAUUUUUCCUUAGAUGAAUGUGCUGUCUUUGCAGUGUCAUUGGCUAGUGGUUUGAUUUCAAAGUAUUGUCAAACUAGUAAACUAAACUGUCGGUCUUGUUUCCUGCCUGUUUCUUAUAUGGCUAGCUGGGUUGUUAGAAGAAUUUUUAUUAAGUGUAGAGAGGUGAAAUCCAAAGUAACUGCAACUGCCAGUCAGAAUGAAGUUAAACAUUACCAGGAGCCAAUGAAGACCCAGUAAAAAAAAAAAAAAACAGGAAACAAUCAAACUGGCUGAAGUGUUAGAAAAUGUUAGUGACCAAGCUGAGGCUUGUUUUAGUCUUUUAUCUGUUGCAAAGCUGGCAUGCAGUUUUUUAACCCCUGAACUCCCAUGAGUGACCAAGACAGAAUUUCUCCUUACAAUAUCAAUACAAUAUCAACCAGAUAAGCGAUGAGAAUAAAGAAAAUAUAAAUUUGGUGAUAAUUAGUUGAUCCAAUAUGAAAUUCUCUGUACCAGCAUUAUUAGAAUUGUAUGGUUGACAGUGAGGAGAAUUAGAAAUUUGAUCUGGGAGUUAAAGGGUUAACCAACUUAAGGUGAUGUGCACACAAAACCUUCUUUUAUUCAGUCAAGUUUCAUUGAAAGUUUAGAUGAAAGUUAUCCUGAUCAACCUAAAAGAUUUGAGACAAUUAAGAACAAGGACAAGUUGAUGAGUUCAGUUCUAAAGCGAAAGCCCAAAAAUGAAUAAAUGAAUAGUCAGUAAGUGCCUGGUGGAGGCGUGGUGGCCUCAUGGUUAGUGCGCUCAACUCCGGAUCGGGUGAUCCAGGUUUGAGCCCUGGCUGGGGUCACUGUGUUGUGUUCUUAGACAAGACACUUUACUCUCACAGUACUUCUUUUCACCCAGGUGUACAAAUGGGUACCAGCAAAUGUGCUGGGGGUAACCCCAUGAUGGACUAGCAUCCCAUCCAGGGAGGAGUAGUAAUACUCCUAGCCGCUUUAUGCUAAGAAAACCGGAGUUAGGCACCGGCCCCAUGGGCCACUUGGGCCCAUAUCAAGGCUUACUUUACUUACAGUAAGUGCCUGAGUCAUGGAGGCAUCUGUCAGCCAAUUGGAAAUAAUCUGAACCUUAAUUAAUCCAGCAUGUGGAUUUGGACUCUUUAAGAUCUGUUUGCUGUUUUUGUAUUUUUACACGAGUUAUUUCUUUUUGUGAAUUAGAACACUAGUGUUAAAACAUCAGUAGAGGUAACAGUGGAACAGCUUGGAGGGUGCCUGAUACCUCUUUCAGCAGUGAUUUAUACAGGGAACAAUUUCUCUGUUGGAUCUAACUUAAAACCUCGAUCUGGAAAAGAUGUUUCAGUUUUCAAGCAAGUCAAAUCAAUUAUGGGACACCUACUUCCUUUUAAAACUGUACUGGAUUCUUAUUUGUGCAAGAAGUCAACAAAGCCAUCAGUACUGGAGGAUUUUUCACAACAGUGGGCUAAAGGAAAAAUGGAUGGUACAGGAUUACUGUGUUCUUUGGGUAAUGUCAUCAGAAUUUAUUGUUGUUUAGUUUCUUCAGUAGUGGCUUCUGAAAAGUUACAAUAUUAUUGACAGAUCCUUGUGGUAAUCUCCAAAAGCUGGAAAGUGAUAACAAUUUUUAUUCAGAGAUUUAUUCUUUUCCUUCUGAAACUCAAAGACUGUAGUCUCCUGAUUACCAUAUAGGUAAAGCUUAUCACAAGUAGUUUUUCUAUAUGUGCAGGGCUCAAACUUAACUUUGAACUUAAUAGUCAAAUGGCUAGUACAUCGUCAGGAUUUACUGGUAAGAUUGCUUGUAAAUGAGCAAAAUCUACCAGCCAAAGUUUAAAAUUUACCAGUAUUUGGCUAGUAGACCACUGCCAAGUUCAAGCCCUGAUGUGCUCUAGAAUCUAUAAAAAUCUCACCUUCUUCAGGUUUAUCAAUGACUUCAUUUUCUCAUCAUAUUUUUGUCUCUGCAUUUGUUUUAAUUUCUUUCCUCUUUUUGACCUACUUCAGGUCCUGAAGAUAAGGUGCAUUGUGCUGUGAAACUUCACUCUAUGUUUCGGUCAGUGGAAGGACUUGAAGGCUUGAGAAAUUCUCAUGAUAACUCUUUAUUAACUGAUCAAACUACGGAUAUGGAGAGAAAACAGUCACCAUCAAAUAAUGACUCAAGCAACUUGAACCUUCUUUGGAUCAGAGGGGUAGUGAGCCACACUUGUGUCUCUCCAACAUGGCUUCACCCCACCAAAGGUUACUCUUGUAUUGGUUUGGACAACAGUACAGACUCCUCUUUGUGCUCUCAGAAGCUUAUUUCUGGGUGGUACCAAGCACUUCUACUUUCUUUGGCAAAAGAGAACAAAUUACUGGUAUGAAAAUUUUCCAAUAAAUGAUGUGUUACUUAAGUUCAAAUUGUAUAAAGUGCUGUUUCCUAAAUUGCUGAAAGUUGUUCAUUUGAUAUGCACAUUUGUAUGUGUUUUGGGUCUCCCACUAAUACAGCAUUGGAAAUGUAAAUCCCCAAAGAAAUUGUACUAUAAAAACUGAAAUUUUUUUCUGUAUUUUGUUUGAACAAAUUUUUGAACCUGACAUACAUGUAACAGAAUUUCCACUAAAUACAAAUUCUGGCAACUUUAUGCUAUGCUUUAAACUUAAAUGACUAAUGGUUAACAAUGCAUUUUACAUGUAAUUAUUGAAGAUAACUCACUAAAUUCCUUUAAGGUAGUAAUACUUGUCAAAAGUAGGCUUACCAAAAACUGUGCCAUACAUAACAAUUAACACCCUUUAUAUCACUUCUCUCCCCUAUGACCAAUUUAUUGGGCCUCAGCUGCAGAAGUUUAUCUCAUUUGGAGUUUAUCUGUUUGACUUCUGAUUUUGCAGUAUUUUUUUUUAUUUUAUUAUUUUUUUGCAGAGGCAUAUUUUGUCAGAUCUCCAAAAUCCAGAAAAGUAAAAGCCCCCAAAAUUCUGAUGCCUAAGGGUUGAUAACUCUGACUGAUUCCUUUAAUUCCCAGAAAUGAUGAACUUCUCCCUUAAUAUCCAUACAUUAUCCAGCAUCUUAUUUCUCCUAGAAAAAAUAAUAGAAAAUACUCAAACUUGUUCAGUAGAAGUUGUCAUCUUGAUCUACCACCAAAUUCUCUUUACUAAUUUAAAAGGAAAGAUGUUGCAGUUAGAGGAGAGAACUAAAAAUCAGAUCAGGGGAGUUAAAGGGUUAAAGAUACAAUGUAGUUCUAACCCUUUGUCUUACAACUUGUCUUUUUUUCGGGCAGGUUAUUGAUUUUCUUGAUUGUGAUAGUGGGUUACCAGUCACUGGAGUCCUCCAACCUUUGACCUCUGUCUGUGGUGUGAUAAAUGUUAUUGCUUCAGAAUUUCUUGUAGCUUUUGAAAAGCUUCUUCUGUGGCUUGGCAAUUCUUCAAAUUUAGACAGAACAAAAUUGAUAACUGUGGAGGCUUGCCCAGAAUUGAUCAGUAACUAUAGAUCCCAAGAUGAUCCUAAAUCAACUGGAUCACUUUCUUACCCUGCAGUCUUUCUUGGGCUUACUGGAUCACAAGGUGAGAUGAAAGUACAUGUUGUAAUAACUUGCUACUCUUUUCUGUGCAGUCAUACCACAGUGUGAUUUUGAAACUCCCAGUUGGGACUGCUUUGCAUCAAAAGAGUGUAAAUAACAAAUUUAAGAAUAAUGAUUGGCAAUAUUUUGAAAUCAUGAUGUUUUAGGGAUAACAUAUGACAAUUAUCAAAUGCAGAUAAGUGAAUUAAGGAAUUAGUAAUGACACACACUACACAAAGAAAUAAAAUUACAUGAGAAUAGCAAAAUGCUUCAUUGUGGAAUACACAGACUCCACUCUAGUAGAACUGUUUAUUUUGUUAGAUACAUUCAUUGUUUCCAACCUCUUUUCACCCUUCCAUUUCUAUGUAAUAUUGUGACCAAUUCUUGUGUCAUUUGCUUAUGACAAUGACGACAAGUUGUUGCCAAAGCUUCAGGUUUUGGCAUUCCUUAUUUUUAUUCUAAAACAUUCUCAUAUUUGGCAAUAUAACUAGCAAUGGAAAUUAUGGAUUCCUUGAAGAUACUGUAUGUUCUUGUGAAUAAGUGAGAGCUGAAACAUAGACAUGCAAGAGAACUAAUCUUACCCUUUAACUGGACCUAAAAUCAGUAUGCAUUAUCUCCACAGAGUUCUCCAUACGUUUCCUUUAGUAUCAACAAUAUUGAGAAUUAUUUAUCAAUCAAGAGUUUCUUUAAUUGACUUUCACUUUAUUUAUUGUUAUGAUCCUAGUGUUCAAUCCAGUGAUGAUGAUGUGAGGAGAAAUAAGACUCUUAUCAUUCUUAGGAGAUAAAUUGUUAAUGAAAUUCAUUACCAACAUUUACAUAUUUUUCUAAAUAGCUUAAUUUGCAUUAAAUCUUUAGAUCCGGUCAGAAAUAAAGUAGAAGAAUUUGACGCAAUAUCUUUUUAUCCUUGGGGUACCUCUCCUGUCAAGGAAAACAUGAUUGGUUCAUUUUUGAAUGAACUAAAAAGGUAUUGUAUUGCACUUACAAUUUAUGUUGUCAAUGAAGUAGGUACCUAUAGUUUAAUGCUUUAACAUCCAUAAAUGAUGAACAUAUAACUUCUCCCUGGAUUAUCUAUACAUUAUUCAGCAAACAGGUAAUUGAGAAUAUGCAAACUAAUCAGGUAGAAGUUGUAUCUUGGUUUAACACCAAAUAUUCAAGCUAAUUUACCAGGAAAUGUGAAGCAGCUGUAGAGGGGAGAAUUUAUAACCAGAUCUUGGGAGUUAAAGGGUUAAUAAUUUUGAAGGUACAUUAUGGAUUACAAAAUGGCACACACUGUAGUCCUGUGCAGUUAUUACAGUAGAGGGGUCACAGUGCAGCACUUUUCACCAUUCCUACACUACAUUGUUUUUUUUAAGUUGGAAAUCCAUAAUUGCUUGUUGGCAAAAUGUUAUAGUUAAAAUAAUUGUUGGUAUAUACAAUGACAUUACGCACUGAAACAGUGGAUAGCGUCAAAGGUGUGCCCUGAUUAGCUACUCAAACUUUAAAUAUCUGAGCAACUCAUGCAGGAUUUGUGCCUGAAGAACUGUAAUGGUUGCAAGAACAAAUGAGUUCAAAUAACUUUUUUUCGGUUGUAUAUACCAAGACAAGUAUUUACCCCAGUGUUGUUGGUUAGCAGUGGAUUGCUGCUCUGCUGCUUGGUAGAUAUAUAUCCACCACUAGCCAGCUCCACUUUGGUGAAUAUUUGUUCAUUAUUAAUGAUGAAUAUUGACCAAAAUAUUGUGAUUGACAGGGAUAGGAAGUCUGAAGAGGAGAGAGAGGAUUAUGUUGAUGAUGAAGCUGCUCUAAUGAAAGAAUUGAAGGAUCUUUAUAAUAAGAAAGAAACACAUUCAGUAUCAGCAUCAUCCAGUGUAAGUCAGUUAUCAAAGAAGCUGAAGGAGUGUGCUGCAGAGAAAUCAGAGUUGGAGAGUACCUCAUUGAAGCAGAAGUAAGUACAUGUAAUAAGGUACAUAAACUUUUACUUGUAACAGUUGUAUGAAUGGGUGCUUUGUCUGAAACUUCUAGGCUUGGUGGCUUACCCAAUCAGUUAUUCAAACAUGUGUAAUACUAUUCUUUUGCCUUGUAAGAAGCAGCACCUUUGAGUGAAUGAUAUUAUUGGAAUCACCCUUGAAAAAAAUCCAGAUAUUUUCAUGGCCUGUUUUUGGGCUGGUUUAAUGAUUACUUUUCCUUAUUGACUUCUAUAUAAUGUCAUUGACAAUGAUUGAUGAAUUUAUUAUCAUCAUGUCUUAGAUUAAAUGUACUUUGUAUGUUUCUUCAAGUUCAAAUGAAUUAUUGCUCAUGCAUGACACUUUGGUAAUUUAUCGAUUGCCAAACUAUAGUCAAUUUGAAACAUAAUUUCCUUUUGCUAAUGACAUAUCAUGUGAUUGACUCUCAAUUGAAAAGCAGUCAUUUUGAAAGGAACUUGUAAUUCUAGUAUCAACUCUUGUUUUUUUUUAUUUCUGCAGAAGGAAUUUGAGAAAGGAAACAAAUGUGGAUAAUCAGAGGGGCAAGUUAGAUAUAAAUGAAAGUCAAUCUGCAGUUGAGAAUAAUAGUGCUGAUGUCCUUCUCACUGACAAUGAUAGCCAGGUGCCUGAUGAUAGCACUGGAAUUCAGCAAGUCCCAUGUAAUCUGAAAGGUACAGUAUAUAACAGUGGCUACCAAAUUAUUGACCUUUGAACAGACAUCUCACUUACAAUUUCUAAAUAACUGAGAGAAGUCAUCUUGAUUCAUGAAAUUCCCUACACAUUUGAAAUGAUGCUCUGCUGUAUCUUGCUCAUUGUUCCAAUGAUUAGGUGUUAUGAGGCAUACACAUAAAGCAGUUAUGCAGGUUUUUUCAUAAUUUUCAGACUAGUGAUUACCUGGAACUGCAUGUUUUUGGUAGGGAAUUUUUUCAUCAUUGUUUCUGGAGAUAUUUGUUCAAUAGACAAUAAUUUUGAAGUCAGUAUCUUGUCCGUGGGCUUUGCAUUCAAAGAUUAUUUUUUCUGGAGUGGCUGUGGUAUUGUGGUCAUAUUUUUUGUCAUAAAAAUGAACAUUAAUUUUUUAUUUUUGCAGAUGAAGCUGAGUUGAUAAUGACCAUUUGUGAUUUAACCAACAAAGUUAUUUUGGAGGUAAGGAUGCAAUUUUUUUUAAUGAAGAAUGAAUGCACAUGUGGUUCAAGAAUAUUUGAAAAAAUUGAAAUAAAAAUGUUUAUUAUUAGUCUCAUUACAUUUUUUGAUUUUGCUAGGGAGCAAAUAUUCUUCAUGAAAUCACAAACAUAGUGACCAUAGUUUCCCAAUUUUUUGUGAAUGAGGAUGAUAACAGACAGAAGGUAUGUUUACACACUUACAUGAGCUUUUACCUUUAAAAAUGUUUAAGACAUUUUGUAUACCCAUGAUGAGCUGAAGAGAACUAGUGUGCUAAAGAACAAAUAGUUAUUGAUAAUAUUAAUACUUUAUUAUUGUUAUGCUUUACCAGGAUCAGCAACUGCAAACUUGUUUGGUAAUGGUUCCAUUACUUCCACAACUUAAUUGUUUUUAUUCAUGUAGGGGUUGUCAAGAAGGUAAAUGCAGUAUGGUCUAAGAAAAGUAAUUCUUUUUCUUUCCCAGGCACUUGUUUCACAGUUUUUAGAGGAGCAUGUACUCUUCACAGUAUCAGCACUAAGAGAAAAAUAUGAAGGAUGUAGUGAUGUCAUUAGACAAGGGCAGCAACUUAGAGAGUAAGCAGCUGCUUUUUUUUUAUCUUUUAAAUCUACAUUGUAUCCUUGAGCAGGUGUUAUGCCUCCCACUUUAAAGAAACAAAGAAGUGAGCACAAAGGGGUGACAGGAGACAACCCCUUGGGUGACUUUUCAAUAGUGCUCUAAUAAAAUGUUUAAAACUUUCACCUUCUUGAUUUCUACAGUCAUUCUCAUUACUGUCUGCCCCACGUUUCCCAUAAUGUUAGUUUUGAGAAUUUUCUGUUGAAUCAAAUUAUGUAUGUAUGUUGAUACUUUUCUUUAUUCUCAUCACCUAUGUGCUUGAUAAUGUACUGAUGUUAUAAAGAGAAAUUAGUUCUUGGUCACUUCUGGAAUAAAAGGGUCAAGAUCAUGGCACCCCAGACUUUUAAGAAAUGAGCCAUCAGGCACUUAGGGAUUUUUUUUAGAGCACAGCUUUGUAUUAACCAAUCAAACCAUGUAGUUAAAGAAAUUGAUAAAAGUUGAAAACAAAUGAUUAAAAAACAUUAAUGCAUUCAAUGGAUUACAUGUGUUUUUGAGUUACUACUCUGGAAUUUUGAUUGAGAACAAACUAAUUGUGUGCUGAAUUCUAAGAAAAACACUUGGUUUCCUCAGACUGUUCUACAGUAAUUGUAUGAAUUAUGAUAUCUUAAGUGUAAUGAAAAUAUUGUAAAGACGUUAAACUAUUGAUUACACUUAAAAAGCUAGCACAGAAACCUCAACUUGGCAGCAUAAAUUUUAAUUUCUGAUGUCCUUUUACACCUUGCCUUUGUAUCAGGUACCAGCUCCAGAUCCUGCUUCGAUUGGAGAUUGCAGCUCUCAUAAAAGCUGAUGAAAACAGCUCCCUUGUUGAAGAGGUUGUUAUUUUAUAUCUUAAAUAAGGUUAAUAUGUGCAUAAACCGCUGUGUUCAGCAUGUACCUUGCACAACGGAGCAAAUUUCUUCCAUAUUCUUCUUCCUAUUAAAUGAUUGAAGGGGAUAAGCUUCUAAAGAAACUGUGAUGCAGAAUUGGUGGGGGGUACAACAAGAUGACUGGGUUUUAUCAUCCAAGUUGGCCAGUUUAUAUUAUCAACUUAGUUGUUAAAGCCAAAUUAUCUUCAUUUUAUUCCAUUACACCCUAACAUUGAUCAGUAUAUGUUUUCUCCACACUGUUUUCUAUACAUUUCCUUUAGUACUGAAAAAGAGAAUUUGCUCAACAAUCAACAGCCUCUUUAGUUGGUCAUCAUUUCCUUUGUUCUCAUGAACUCAAGGGCUCAAUGUUUGUUUUAAGGGUAAUACUGGUAGGAGUCAUAUUAGUUACUAAUCGCUCUGAGGGGUUAAAGGGUUAACUGGUAUCCUGCCUCUGUGAAAGUAUUAUGUUUGGUUUUUCUAGUGGUUUUAAUAACACUUACUCUUUAGGGAGGUCAAUCAUGUAGAACAAGAGUGGUUUUGAGUGACAUUCUUAAUUUGUUGACAGUUAAUAACUGGGAUACAUACCCCAGCGAUCUUGAUCUGUUAAAUAAGUCUCAUUCGAACCCUGUUGUAGGUCACUGUACUCCUCAGAGCCAUCUCAUUUAUGAAGGACCUGAAGUUCCUGACUAUUUUCCUUCGUGAGGUACUUCUUUUUAGGUAAGAAUGUUCAUUCGCAAUCAGAAUAAUUUUUAAUUGAAUAUCACAAAUAAACCACUGGAACCCAUUGCUUUAAUCUUACCACUCGUUGUGAUUGAUGUGUGUUGGAGAGGAGGUAAAAACUUCCAUCUCUUUUUUCCUUACCUUUUCGCCACCUGCACCUUUGGCUCCCGUUUUUCGCUCUUUCGUUUGUUUUCAUUUGUCAGACACUUCAGAUUAUUGGAUAGCCAACGUUUGUAUUUUCAUUUUUCUUUCCCGCUUACUGCCCCCAACAAGUUACCGUUUCCUGCCCUUUCCUCUUCCGUUUCCCAUACUCCACUGAGUUGGCAUAUUUUUUAACUAGUUCUUGGCAGUUGUAAUGUCGACAAUGUGUUCUAUGCAGUUCAUUGGUUUUUUAUCUUAAAACCCUGUUGGACUAACUCUGCCUGCACGCUUCACAAACUUCAGGUUCAGACAGAAACUCGCCAAGUUCCUCUGUGCUGUUUACGAAGGUUUGAUGAUGCGCCCUCCCAGAGAAGUGUCUACGCCUUCUAAAUGGUCGAGUGAUGAUGAAUCGCCAAUCAGACGCCAAAUCAACUCUGUCUCUAGCGCUAAACAAGACUCUAAUCAACCCAGGUAACUUACCAUUCUUGGCAUGUAAAUGUAUUUUGUUAUAGACUUCGGAUUGAAGUUGAUUUAAAAGAAUUGAAAAUAAAUCACGGACUUGGCAAUCCAUUGACACACAUCAAUGUAAACAUUUGAAGUGAGUUUUUCGACCAGAAACCAGACCUUACUUCCUCGCUCAGUUCAUCCUCAAUAGAAAUAAGUUCUGUUAGAUGUCUUCAACGCUCGACCUGAAGUCUUUUUUAAAGGAACUGUUGAUAUUCUACUUUACGUUUUGCUUUACAUCUGCAGGUAUCUCGCAUUUCUGAUUUGAACCUUCAAAAAAAACUAAUUUUUCCAAAAGGAGGGGGUCAGGAGGUCAGCUGAAAACAUAAAGCACUAUAAUCCAUAUUUGUACACAGAGAUUUUCGCCUGGCGACGUGCAAACAUUAUUUUCGUCGCUUUGUUUAACAUGGCACCCACUUUUGAAAAUAUUUUCCAACCUUUUUUCCAGAUUGGGAAAGUUAAGGCUUCGAAAAAAUAGGAAAAAACAACAAGAAGCUGUUAACGAGCUAGAAAACAAAACUAGGCUCCAUGCAUCAAGCAGAUAGAUGUUAUUUCUCCUGCUUCAUUUCAGUUAUGAAUCACGAAAGACACCGAAAUGUGAUACGAAAUCCUCGCCUGUGGCUUGUAUGUCCUUUUCUUUUUCUUGACAGACACAGGGCAAAAUGAAAUAAAUUCAUUCAGUUAACAACGAGUUUUCUUCUUUUUUUUUUACAAGGAGCAGUGGAUGUCGUAUUAUCACCCGUCGUUCUAGCGUUUCAGAUGCUGGUGGUAAAAGGAGAGAGAUUGUUGUACCGGGAAAGGCAAAACCAAAGGAUAAAGAAAAAGAAAAGGCACUGAAGGCGAAACCGCACGUGUCUCUUAGUUCAAGAGGUAAAAAAUCUAUACAAGUAUUAUCUUUUCCCGAGGCAAACAUAGUUUCUUAGGACGAAAUAAUCAAGUUAUUUAGACUGAAGAUGGAUACAUUGAAGGAAACCUAACAGAAUUGUUCAUAUGUAACGGUAUUAAAAAGCAAAAGAAGAAAUUUAAGAUUUGCAACAACAAGUUUGAUUUGAAACUUUCACGACUUGAAUUUACUUUAUGUUUCCGUAUGGUUUGUGCAUUCGUGGUUCGGAAAGCUUGGUUUAUAUCAUUACUGAUUUCUUAGGAUUUCUUCCAUUUCAUUCAUCUUUCCCUUCUACUUCUUUAUCUUUUUCUUCUGUGCAGGCUUUAGAUGUACUUGUUAGAUACCGUUAGAAGUGAGGACGCGUUGUAUUAUUACAUUUCUAGGUGGAAGCCAGAAGGAAAAGAAAAAAGGGAAGGUUCAGAAGACACCAGUAAAACAAGUUCGACGAAAUCUCUUCAUUGAAUCAAAAGAAGGUGAUGAAAAUAACUCAACCGCUAGAGUGCCAAGGAAAAGGAAGUUGUCAGUAGGAGAGAAAAAGAAACACGCAAAGCGACGAUUUCAGCGGAGGAAUACUGUGGGUAUGUACAGUAAUCAUGCUAUCAUAGACCCUUAUUUAACUAUUCCAAGUCGCCAGCCGAGAAAUCAAAACCAUGCAUCCAACGGUGAAGUUCUGCCGGCGCUCAAUACAUGUUUAUGCGGAGAAAAGGAAGUUGCUAUUUGAAAAAAAUUACAAAACUCUUGCAAUUCGCCUCAACAGCACAUCACGCGAGUUUUCCUUUUUAUCCUUAACUGCUUCUUCUCAUAUGGCUGGAUCGGAAAACGUGCAAGCCCAGCCACACCCUUGACGUGAUCUCAAGGCGCAUGAUCGGCCCGAAGUAUCCCAGACAAAUUUGAUAUUGAGGUUAGAGCUAAGUUUUUAGAGAUUAACGGCGGUGCAUAUUUAUUUGUUUGACAGGUUCUUUUUCAAGCUCCACGGUUCAGGAGACUCCUGCCCAUAAACAGGUCUCUAAUGCAUUAUGGUACAAACAGGAUCGAGCCAGGUCAGUUGCUUUAGUUCCAUUACAUAACAAAGACGACUAUUACCAGCCCUGUAAAACGCUGUAGUGUCCUUGUACCAUGCCAAAUGGUUCAUGACAUUUCGGCUAGCGGCAUCCGAAAAGCAAUUUGAUUUGGCGAACACUAAGGGCCGUUUAUUUAAACAAAGUUUAUCCGUUGUUUAACAAAACCGCGUUCUAAGCCAUUUUCAAUGUAGCCGAACCUUUUCUCAACAUUUUUUUCGGUGAGCAGUGUCAAGAAAGCCGAAGGCCAAUAGUGGAAGGAAAAUUUAUUUAAUUAAAUCAACCGUCUCAGAGAGAAUCCCUGAGGCCCACUGCUUUCGUAAAAUCGCUGUUUGGGGUAACAGACCUCGUGUAAAUAAUCGGCCCUUAAGGUUUGGUCGUUCUUGCCGCGUAAAGGCGACUCUGGUACGACUCAGAUCAUACGCGGAAUGUCCCAUACUCCCUUCUCUCUAUGGUGAACAAAGAUAAAAGAAAAAAUGCUUAUCGAGCGUGACUCAAUCACAAGUGACCCAGUAGUUUUUAAAUGAUGACCCAAAUAAUAAGUAAGAAACAUGACUAAAGAGCUGAACUCCGAACGACCCAAAUCAAACCCAGUAAUAUAAGACAGAGCAGGAUUUGAACCCAGGCCCACCAAGCAGAAAUAAAAUGGCUUAAACCGCUUGACAAUCUUACCUCUCUUUGGUACGGAAACAUUGGGUAGAAUGUUUAAAAACGGGCCAAAAAGGUAAAUAAACAAAAAGCAACAUCCAUAUGUUUGGAUUUAUUUUGAGUAUUGUUUUCGUUGAUUUUUAGAAACAUAAUCAAACUGUUUUCUAUAGUCUUGAUUUCAAAAACUCAUGAUCGAAAUCUAUUUAUUCGGGAACUCAGCAUCGACAUUGUGUAGUUUACUAUGGAAAUUUAAUUUUCCCUGAACGUUCUAUGUUCUCUGAUUCCAGAAAACGUUCUAGAGCUCAUACAGAGGUGCAUAUUUUAGAAGAGUCGCCCCUUAAAGAGUUAAAAGCAGGUAAAUUGUCUUAAAAGUACUUCAAAGCAAUAUUUUGAGGUGUUGACUGCUACGUGCAAAAUUACAUUUAUCUGCAAUGUUAAGAUUUUGAAGUAUUCUUGAGGCGCCACGUAAUUCUUUUCAUCUCUGCACAGCGGAAAUUAGCAGUAAACGCCGCGCUUAAUUUGAGAAAUGUGGCGUUAUUUCGAGGUUUAUGAUAAAAGAGAAUAUAAAGUACGGUAAUCUACACAAUCCUUGGAUAUUUCUGUCGAAAAAACGAGAUUUUGCAACUUUACACGAACUUCGGUGUUACGUAAUGUUUAUAACGAUUUUCCGAAAUUUUUGUCUUUAAUUUAGGAAAUAUGCUUUUGAAAAAACCCUGCAUCAGAAACUCUGAAAAUUAAAUAAACGCCGCGGCGUCAUAUAGUUAUGGUUUUUUAACUGAAAUACAAAUCUUUGCAGGAGAAGGUCUCCCUCGAAGAAGUCCACGAAAGCCUCCGCUGGCAACUUUCCAGCGGAGUCAGUCAUUCUAUGGGCGCUCUGCUAGUACAGGCCCUUUGACAAGAACUAGGUCCUUCAGUGGAGUGUACUCCCGUGACUCGCCACAGAAAGGACCUACAGAGGGAUUGGAUUCCAUUUCUACUCAGGGAGCCGUUGUGAAAAAGGCAACUCAGAAGUUGUCCUCUCCAGCUCUUUCACCAUUGCGAUUUUCUCCACGGCAGAAAAAGAAGUUUUCGUUACACAGUUUACUGACCACAUCUAAAGAAUGUGAUCGAAAGAAGGAAAGUACCUUAAGUCACCAGAAUCCAACAACACCCAAACAUAAAUUCACGUCUACAGCCACAAGGUCCUCACCGAGGCUCUUUAAAAAGCGCUCAUUUUCCUGUAUUGGAUUUUCGUCCGUUCCCUUUCCAGAAGCCCAUGAGGAACGAAAAGUCAUUCCCCUCACUAAAAAGCCCAGCUUAUCUGAGAAUACACAACCGCCACAAAAGGACACUCCCUUGGACGCGAAUUCACAGGAGGAAUUCAUGAAAACCCCGAGGAAAGAGAAAUCAGAUAACAUUUCGGAUGUCCGAGUUACAGCUCCAACAUCGCAUGGGUCCUCCCCAAGACUUAUCAAACAGCGCUUUAAUGCCAGAGUUGCACUUCUGUCUCCUGAGAAAAGAAAGUCUAAGCCGCUUGGCAGGAGAUCCAGGUCAUUUGAUAGUAAAAACUGUACUUCUCCAAUAAGAAAUGGUAAUUGUUUGGAUGCUCUCUCGCAAAAAGGCUCUAUGAAAACGCCCACGAAAGAAAAAUCUGAUAUUUGUUCAGACAACAUGGUGACUUCUCCCAAAUUUACUCUGGCGCAGCAUGUAAAGCAAACUCCAUCAAAGGAUUACUUUAUGGAUGAAUGCGUUAUUCGUCUUACACCAAUUCGUAAAUCUAUGAAGUCCCCCUUGCAUGUUUCUCCAGCGGUUCUCGCAGAACUUUCUCCGUUUUCUCCUCGCCAUCCACAUCGAAAUGGAAAAGAAUUCACCAAACUGGAGGACUCUGUUCAGGGCGUCGACGAAAAUGCAAAAACGCCUGCAAAGAACAACAUCAAACCCACUAUCCGUAGCUGUCCGGGAUUGCUAUGCAAGCGUGACAGCAAUGAGACUUGUCAACAAACGUUAGAGCAAUCUUUAUGCAACCGAAAAGACUUAAAACCCACUGUUACGGUCUCUCCAAAGUCGACUCGAACUAAUUUGACGGAUCCUACCACCCCGGUAAGAGUUUGCCAUCUGGACGACUGUGUGGUGCUUCUCACUCCCAUGAGGACCCUUUCAAAAUCUCCAGUGCACUUGCCAUCAGAAGAAAAAAAGGUAGUGGCGAUUGGUUCGGACUCAGAAAGCGCCAAGGUGACUGUUGAUGCCAGAAUUAAGUCACUCCAGUCAUCGUCAAAAACCACCCCAAAGUCUGCUCGUGUUGAUACGAUUGAGCGCAGAUUGAGAGCAAAAUCUCCGAUACCUGAUAACAAAUCCACUGACAUUGAAAGCCGAGGAGCAGAAACGUUUAGCUAUGGUAAUACGCUAAUAAAUGACAAUGAUCAUUGCCUCCAGAACUCAACUGCCACAGAGGGAGCAGAAAGUAUCGCAAGACAAGCCAAUUUCCAAGAAGAUGAAAUAUUUCUUCGCAUGACCGGUGCAUCUGUUGUAGGAGCGCAAUUGCCAUGGAAUCCAGCUCUACAGAGCUCGACUCCGCCUCCCAAAAGAGGAAAAAAGAAAUCGCACGGUGUGUCUAAUUCACCGGCUGAAACCAAGCGCUUGAGUCCCCUUAACCAGAUACUCCGACAGCAAAAACGAAAAAGGUGUUUCUCAGCCUCUCCAGCUGACAAAUGUGCCAGGGAAGCUUGUGAAGUAGACGCACGUGAAAUAUACGCACGUGACGGAUCGUCGUGUGCCCCAAGGACUCCUAUUAAGAACGGGAACGAGCACAUGUCGAUUUGUUGUGGAGUUUCUGUGAAACUCAGCUCGGCUAAUGAAUCUUGUUCACUUGUUGAGGACAACUCUAGGUCGUCCGAGGAGGCAGAUGACUGGCUUAGUGAAAUAGAGAAAGAGUUUGACCGUAGUGUAGCGAAUUCAAAUGAGACUCAAAAGUCACCUGCAACCAAGAAGCGACGAAUACACAAGUCUGUUGUCUUUGGGGGAAGGCGCACCAGAAAAGGGAGUGGUAAAAAACCUAGGGGUAAAAACGUUGAUUCUUCUCGAAGCAGCGACGCCAGCUACGAGGAUGAUGACGAAGUGUUUCAGAGUCCUGGAAUGUUAGCUUCUCGUCUGAUGCGUCGACAUGUGAACAAGACCCCUAUAUCAGCGAGCAGUAUCAAAGUUUUGCAAGAAUCUCCCAUACUUCUUGACAGUAAACUUUCACCAGCACUUUCACCUCGAACUGGAGGUUACUCCGAUGUGUCUCCAAAUUAUCCAAAGCGCAAUCGGAGAAAAUUUGAUGAUGUGUCCGACAACAGAGAAGCCGGUAUGUCGGUGUCCUACACUGAUGAUCAGGAGGCACCGAUUGCUCGCCCUUUAAGGAAACGACUCAAGCUACAUACUUGA